AUGCUGAGAGGGGGAGCAGCUCUCGCCACUGUGUUUCUGUGCUCUGUCCUUGUGCUCACCAAGAAGGACCCUGAGCGCUGUGGCCAGGACGUGAUCAUCAGGGUCAGAGACUUAAUCCAGAAAGCCCCCAAACUGAAGUGGCUGGACACCAGGCUGUACACUCCCAGCACCGCAGACUCGCAGCCCAACUGCAUCGCCUCCAACCUCAACUGUUUUGCUGCUGAAGCUAAUGUUCUGCAUAAAGAGUGGGAGAAAGUUGGAGAGGAGAUGCAGGAUGAACUGGAAAAAAUGCUCCAGACCCUCGCCACAUCAGUCAACAAGAUCGUGAGCCCGGACUCGACCUGCCUCCAGUGUGAGCUGCUCCAGGAGAAGAACGCAGAGACAUUCCUUUCUGAGCUUCUCUCCACUCUUCAAUCUGUGCAGAGUCGUUUCUGCCACUGA